AUGAGCUCCCAGGCAGAUCCUAGCAAUAUGGACCACCACAGCGUGGUGUUUGAAGAUGAUACAAGUGACUCUGACGACUCCGAAUCAUCCACCUCUUCUUCCGAGACCGACGAGCCAGUCGAUCCACAAACCGAACUUUGUGAAGAUUUAGAAUCUCAACUCCUUGGUCUCACCCUCGAAGCCCAAACUGUCAUUACAGGGCAACCAAGAGCCACUCAGUUGCAACUCAUAGCCGACACGAGAAAUCUGUUCAGGGACUACAUGUCAUAUGGUUCCAUGGCGCGUCUCACAGUUGGAAUCGAGAAGUUCUUCCGUCUCGGCGACCAGGGGGGAAAACUAAUCUUCGAAGACUCGAAAGAGGAAAUUGUUUUGCAAGGACGGAUGUCAGAUAGGAGAAUCCCAGCUCAUUACGGCUCAAUGUGGAUGGUCAACUACACUGCAGAUGAUGAUAAAUGCGACUGUGUCGACAAAAUUGACUCCGAUGCUGGAAUUGUCAAUGGAUCACUUCAACCCAACCCCCAGUCCAUCUUUCGUCCAUUACGCAUCAUCGAUCCGGAUUCGAUCUCUUAUGUCACGACUCUUCCCUGGGAUCCUCUGGCAACGAUUUUCGCAUGGCCAGGAAAUCUCAUGUGGCCUCGAGGACUCCUCGGGACACUCAAUCAAAUCCUCAGCAUUGAAGACUACGAAUGUCGCGUCCGACUUUUUCAUUAUGUCACCAAGUAUGGUCCUUCCCCAGUCUUCCGACUAGGAAUUGCGCAACAAGUUCAGAACAGGUACGGCUCCAUUCUCGAGACUGGUGGCCAAAAUUACCUCGGUCUCACACAAGAAACACGAUCUUUUCUACGUUCUGUGUUCGAAUCAAAGCCGACGUUGAACAUUCCGGAAACAAGGCUAUUAGCUCGAGCUUGUGGAGUCGAUGAAGACUCGCUCGAUAUGUUCUGGGAAGAUCUUCAAGAUGAGACGAUGGGAUGCAUGGCGAUGAAAGCCUUUAUCGCGGCCAGGGAGGCCGAGAAAGCAAAGGAGGCGGAGAACGUUGAAAUGGAGAAGAAAAAAGGCUGUGCACCGAAGAGUUGA